GCCGUUGUCGCGCCGGUGCCGCCUGUUCGCCCCAUCCGCAGCGAGCGUGGCGGCCUGCGCGGGGAGAGUGCGGGCCUCCUGGAGCGCGCACAGCUUGCACUCAGCCGGGCGGAGUCCGCCGCUGGCCACGGAGGAUGGGGGAGUAGCUGCAGGAGGCGACCCUGCCACGACGAGAUUAACAUUUUGGGAGACACUUGUGAUGCUUGAUUCAAUCUUGGAGUAAUGUGGACAGAAGUUCUCAAACUUGCAUAUCACAUCAGCUGGAACCUGCAGCGUGUCUUAAUGUUCUCUUAAAUUAGAACUUGUAUAGGAAAAAGAAUGGGAGUCUGGUUAAAUAAAAAUGACAAUAUCAGAGGCUUGAAAAGAGCGAUUCUCUGUUUUGUAAUAGUGUAUAUGGCUGUUGUGGUGGGUACAGAGCAAGAUUUUUACAGUUUACUUGGAGUGUCCAAAACUGCAAGCAGUAGAGAAAUAAGACAAGCUUUCAAAAAACUGGCAUUGAAACUACAUCCUGACAAAAACCCGAAUAAUCCAAAUGCACAUAGUGAUUUUUUAAAAAUAAAUAGAGCAUAUGAAGUACUCAAAGAUGAAGAUCUGCGGAAAAAGUAUGACAAAUAUGGUGAGAAGGGACUUGCAGAUAAUCAAGGAGGAGGCCAGUAUGAAAGCUGGAAUUAUUAUCGUUAUGAUUUUGGUAUUUAUGAUGAUGAUCCUGAAAUCAUAACAUUGGAUAGAAGAGAAUUUGAUGCUGCUGUUAAUUCUGGAGAACUGUGGUUUGUGAACUUUUAUUCCCCAGGAUGUUCACACUGCCAUGAUUUAGCUCCUACGUGGAGAGACUUUGCUAAAGAAGUGGAUGGAUUACUUCGAAUUGGAGCUGUUAACUGUGGCGAUGACAGAAUGCUUUGCCGAAUGAAAGGAGUCAACAGUUAUCCUAGCCUUUUCAUUUUUAGGUCUGGAAUGGCUGCAAUAAAAUAUCAUGGUGACAGAACAAAAGAAAGUUUAGUGAGUUUCGCCAUGCAGCAUGUUAAAAGUACAGUGACAGAAUUAUGGACAGGAAAUUUUGUUAACUCCAUACAAACUGCUUUUGCUGCUGGUAUUGGCUGGCUGAUCACUUUUUGUUCCAAAGGAGGAGAUUGUUUGACUUCACAGACACGUCUCAGGCUUAGUGGCAUGUUGGAUGGUCUUGUUAAUGUAGGCUGGAUGGACUGUGCCACCCAGGACAACCUUUGUACAAGUUUGGAUAUUACAACAAGUACUACUGCCUAUUUUCCUCCUGGAGCUACUUUAAAUAACAAAGAGAAAAGCAGUAUUCUGUUUCUCAAUUCAUUGGAUGCUAAAGAAAUAUAUUUGGAAAUAAUGCAUAAUCUUCCAGAUUUUGAACUGCUUUCGGCAAACACUCUAGAGGAUCGUUUGGCUCAUCAUCGGUGGCUCCUAUUUUUUCAUUUUGGAAAAAAUGAAAAUUCAAAUAAUCCUGAAUUGAAGAAGCUAAAAACUCUACUUAAAAAUGAACAUAUUCAAAUUGGCAAAUUUGACUGUUCCUCUGCACUGGACAUCUGUAGUAAUCUCUACAUUUUUCAGCCAUGUCUAGCAGUAUUUAAAGGUCAAGGAACCAAAGAAUAUGAAAUUCAUCAUGGAAAGAAGAUUCUAUAUGAUAUACUUGCCUUUGCCAAAGAAAGUGUUAAUUCUCAUGUUACCACAUUGGGACCUCAAAAUUUUCCUGCUAGUAACAAAGAACCGUGGCUUGUUGAUUUUUUUGCCCCUUGGUGUCCACCAUGUCGAGCUUUAUUGCCAGAGUUACGAAAAGCAUCAAAACAUCUUUAUGGUCAACUUAAAUUUGGCACACUGGACUGUACAGUUCAUGAAGGACUCUGUAAUAUGUAUAAUAUUCAGGCUUAUCCAACAACAGUGGUAUUCAACCAGUCCAACAUUCAUGAAUAUGAAGGACAUCAUUCCGCUGAACAAAUACUGGAAUUCAUAGAGGAUCUUAUGAAUCCUUCAGUGAUCUCCCUGACACCAACCACUUUCAAUGAACUAGUUAAACAAAGAAAACAUGAUGAAGUCUGGAUGGUGGAUUUCUAUUCUCCAUGGUGUCAUCCAUGUCAAAUCUUAAUGCCAGAAUGGAAAAGAAUGGCCCGGACAUUAACUGGAUUGAUCAAUGUGGGCAGUAUCGACUGCCAACAGUAUCAUUCUUUUUGUGCCCAAGAAAACGUUCAGAGAUACCCCGAGAUAAGACUUUUUCCCCAAAAGUCAAAUAAAGCUUAUCAAUAUCAUAGUUACAAUGGUUGGAAUAGGGAUGCUUAUUCCCUAAGAACCUGGGGCUUAGGAUUUUUACCUCAAGCAUCUACAGAUCUAACACCUCAGACUUUCAAUGAAAAGGUUUUACAAGGGAAACAUCAUUGGGUGAUAGAUUUCUAUGCUCCUUGGUGUGGACCUUGCCAAAAUUUUGCUCCAGAAUUUGAGCUCUUGGCCAGGAUGAUGAAAGGAAAAGUGAAAGCUGGAAAAGUAGACUGUCAGGCUCAUGCCCAGACAUGCCAGAAAGCUGGCAUUAGAGCCUACCCAACUGUUCGAUUGUACCCCUACGAGAAAGCAAAGAGAAAUAUUUGGGGAGAACAAAUAGAUUCCAGAGAUGCAAAGGAGAUUGCUACUCUAAUUUAUGAAAAAUUGGAGAAUCUCCAAAAUCAUGGAAAGAGAGAUAAGGAUGAACUUUAAUGAUGUUGAAGAUGAAGAAAAAAUUGAAAAGAAAUUCUUAAAAAUUAUAUCAGAGGACGUCUUCAGAAGACAAAUGUGAACAUUACCUUGGACUUUUUAUUGCACUGUCUGAAAUCUAAAGGGUCUGCAGACUUUUCUGUUAAGGGCCAGAUCAUAAAUAUUUUAGGCUUUGUAGAUGAUAUACGGUUCUUUGUUGCAUAUUCUGCUUUGGUUUUGUUUUCUUUUCAACGCUAUGAAAAAUUGAAAAACCAUUCUUAGCCCAAGGCCAUAGACACAUAGGCCACAAGCUAAAUUGAUUCCAUGGGCUAUAGAUGGCUGAGCCUUGGAAAUGUUCUGGCCAGCCAAUUCAAACACAAGCCUGUUUUGCAAUUUUCUAUAGACAUGUUGAGGUUAUACACUUUAUCACUUGAAGUUUUAAUGCUUCACCUGGAGAUAAGUUUUCAAUCACCUAUUCCUUUGAAAAAUUCUCUGAAAAUGAUUCUCUAACCAUAUAUUGCAUUUAAAAAACAACUCAGUGUGGCAGAAUAGAUACCCUAUUUUUCAUAUUGUAGUGAAGAGAUUUUUCAUUUUCUUUCCUUUUUAAAGGUUGAAGAAUUGAUGUUAAUUUCUUAAACUGAACAUUUGCAACAGCACAUAAACAGAUUCCAUAGAUUUCUACAGCAUCCAGAAAUACCUAAUGGAAAGUAUUUAUAACUGUUACUUACUAGGCAUUGUAGACUAUCUCAGAUACAUCAAGUUGUAUAUUUUUAGAAUAUGUGUUCGUUUAUUUUCUGAAUUACUUUUAUAAAAGUUUCCUCUCUGAUAGUAAUUGAUUUUUGAAGCAUUUUAUAAUAUUUAUUUUUUGCCUUCUGGACUGUUCUGAUGUAUAUCCUUUACAUUUAAAUAGGAAAAAUAAGUUUGCAGGUCAGUUUCACUAUAGCUCAAAUGACACUGUAGUUAUCCCAAUUAUUAGUUUACUGUCAGUCUUAUUUAGAUAAACACUGGCAUAAUGAAGUUAUUUUUAUAAGAAAAUCAAGUAUAUAAAUUUAAGGUUGGGAUCUUUGAGUUUCAGUUGUUCAAACUCAGAGAAUCCAAUUUUUUUUUCUAACAAUAUGUAGAUUCCAGCUGAUUAAAUGAGAUAAAUUUUUGAAGACCUCAGUUUUCUCAAAAACCUACUAGGAUUAUGUAUUAAAGUGACAAUUAUUUUCUUAAUACACUUUAUCUCCUCCAGUAUUCCCUCAAAGAUUAUUUCAAAGCUAGUUUGUGCAAAAAUAGAUUUUUGUUUCUAGCACAUCAUCCUUUAACGCCUUAUAUUGGAUUUUACUUUAUACAUGUAGGCCCAUAUGGAACAAUCUCAACUUUUAACUAUAAUUGAACACCACAUUUUUUAAUUAUGAUCAGUAAUAAAAGUGCCUUUCAUUUGUUAAGUUUUCAAGGCCUAGAGAAUUUUUAACAUUGACUUGUUUCUACAAAAUCCCAAGAUGGAAUGCCUAAAUAAGUCUUGGUCAAUAUAAUGUACCAGUUUUGUGAGUACCAUUGUGCUAGACACUGAGGAAUGUACAAAAGGAAUUCACAACAUGGUCCCCACAGUUCUGACUAAACCCAGAAACAAGUUUAUAGAUACCUGUACUACCACCUAUAAAUACAAUUCCAAACUUACUGGUUGAGAAAUACCUUAAGCAGUAAAAUACUUAUCCUGAAACUUGACCUAAGUAUGUGCCUGUGGAAUCAGCUCUAAAGCCAAGACUACCCAGGAGUCAUGUUAAGUAUAUGUUUCAAAUAAGUAGCAGACAUUAGCAGUGUGUUUUCUGCAAUCAUAAUCAGUGUCACUGGAUAUUUCAAAAACAGCUUGCAGUAUUUUUAAUGGCCACAUUCACAUUAGUCCAUUAGAACUCCAAGGAGUUCCAGGUAAAAUAUGCUAUCUCUCUCAACAACACUAUUUUUUUGUGUAGCUGGCCUUGGGUAACAGUACCAUCUUUUGCAGAUCAGAGUACAUUCUAUCAGGCAGCUAAGAUUAAAAACUGGAUACUUUGAGCAUGUGACUAUAAGAAUCCAUUUGGAGUUUGUGGUUUUGGCACCAAUGAUGCUUGCGUAUUCCUAUUUCCCAAAUUUUAUUUUACAUCACAUUUUUAUUGAAAGUAUAUUAAGACAAAGGAAAAAUAAAACAGUAAUGAUUGUAUAAUAACUUUUUAUAUUGUCAAAGUUCUUUAAAUGUCUUUGUUUUCUGAUAAUAUUCAAAGCAGGAAUUUUCUUUGAAUUAUAGUUUAUCAGAAAAUUACUGUUUUAUGUAUAAGACAAAAUACUUAUAAGAAAAGUUUUUUGUAAGAAGGUAGUAUUUUAUGGGCCUCCCCAGUGGCGCAGCGGUUGAGCGCUGGGUUGCAAAGCUGCCCGCAGCCUCUGCAACGCCGGUUCGAUCCCCGGCUGCUCCCCGGCCACUGGAGGAGGGUCCCACAUGGCACACAGACCUCUCCUGCCGCCCGCUGCUCCCCUCAGCAGUGUACUUCAGUCUGCCUGCUCUGCUCCCCGCUCUGGUGAAUUCUCUCACCCUCCUGCUCUUCUGACUGUACCCAGUGCUUGUAUAA